AUGCAGUUAGUCAAAUCUCCCCGUUUUGUGCAGGCGUGUGUAGAUAUACCUGAGAUACUCCGUGCCGAAGUAUGGGCCGCGCUCAUGGGCAUCAACUCCACUUACAGGAGUGUGUAUGAGACCUACAACAAGACUUCUAAGCACUCGGCUGACCGCCAAAUCGACGUGGACAUUCCCCGAUGCCACCAGUACGAUCGCUUGCUCUCGUCCCCGGACGGGCAUGCAAAACUGAGACGCCUGCUCAAAGCUUUCCUGAGCGCCAACCCCACGCUCGUGUACUGGCAAGGUAUGGACUCUAUCUUCGCAUCUUGGCUGCGUCUCAACUUCAAUGACGAGGCCCUUGCCUUCUCCUGUGCAAAUACAUUUGUCGAGAAGUAUCUGCACGACUAUUUCUUGCCAGACAACUCUAGCGUCAUGCAGGAAACCUUGGCGGUGUACACACACUUACUGACGUUCCACGACCCCGAGCUCUCCUCACAUGUCUUGGAAAUAGGAUUCGUACCAGACCUCUAUGCUAUCCCCUGGUUCCUGACGUUGUACACACACGUGUGCUCCUUUGACAAGAUAUAUCAGAUAUGGGACAGUCUGCUGGUCAGCUCCUCGUCGUUCCCACUCUGCUUUGCUGUAGCGAUAUUGCAGCAAUUCCGAUCCGCCAUACUAUCGUACGAUUUCAAUGACUGUAUCUUGCACUUCAGCGAUAUGCCGGCACUCGAUGUGGAGUGGUGUCUGGCUACCUCGAGACAGAUCUGGGCGCAAACUCCUCCUUCAGUUACAUCGCGGAAACACGACGCUUGGGAAGCAUGCGAAGAAAACGCCAAGAAGCAGUUACAAAAGGACAUCGACAGCCAUGUCGCCGACACAACAGUAGAAGGCAAUGUUGUGAAGGGGCUACUGCUGGACUCGGAUCUAGAAUGGUGGGCAAAGACACCGCCCCUUGCCGAGCUUAGAUCAAACCGGGUAGCCCAGAUCAGGUUUGAUGAUGUGAUGCUCAUGGAUCAGUAUCUGAUGGUGGAUAUUCGUUCCGAUGCGUCAUUCCAUGCUAUUGGUCACUGGAGGGCCAGCUUGCACUUUGAUGCAGAGUCUUUAGCCAACAUGUCUGACGUUUUGUUGCCGUUUAAGG